AUGAAGGAGGAGCUCGGCAUCUUUCUUCGCCUUGGAAGGGGCGGCUCGAUUGUCAACAUAUCCUCUGACGCGGGCUCCGUCGCCUCCGCCGGUUGCGCGGCCUACGUGGCAUCCAAGCACGGGAUCAACGGUCUCACCAAGACAGCUGCACUCGAGUAUGCGAAAAGCGGUAUACGGGUGAAUGCCGUUGCGCCGGGCAACAUUGACACCCCCAUGAUGCACCAGUUUGGUGACACUGCAAAGAUUGUGCGCGAGACUCAGCCCACCGGCAGAUGCGGGCAGCCAGAGGAAGUUGCAGAGCUUGUAUGUUUUCUCUCAUCCGAACGCUGUACGUCCAUGACGGGUUCAAUUGUUGCUGUUGAUGGCGGUAUAACCACCACGGGCUAUUCUGGUAUUCUGGCGAGGCUUCUUCUGGCGCUUUUAUUCAAUAAGAAUCUCUCUCAACGGGAAAACUCCACAGACUUCUAUGCAAAAGUUUUAGCUCAUACUUUCUUUCAAUGCAUUUCCGAUUUUGAUACUUCCGAUUCAUGCUUCAUCACUUGA